UAUGGUGUCAAAUAGAUAAAUUUUUAAAUGAGGGGCAAUUAAAUGGUGUAAUUAGCUUAGUGGUAAUUACCUCGCAGACAGAAGUUUGGAUUUUAUCGCACUUGCUAAUUAUAUGUUCUGUCAAAGUGAAAACUGCAGAGAUAAAAUGAGCUUGAAAGCAGUGAACACGUUACGAGGAGCCAUAUUUUUGUAUAUGCUUGCGAUAUUUGAAGCAAAGUUUUGAAAGGCUUGCAAAAUUACACUCGGAAGUAAUUAUUGAGCAAGUAUAUAUGAGACAAAAGAAAGAAAAAAAAUUUUACACUGGAAAGCAGAUAUCGUUUCACACGUUUAUGAGGAAGAUUUCACGCGAAUAAUCGAUGUUUUGAAAGACGUAAUACAAAAAAAGUUGUACUAGCCUUCGACAGUGUUCGCCAAUAUAAGAAGUUAUUAUCAAGAGAGAAAUUGUUCUUGUAGUAAUUAAAGAAAGUAAAAAGUUUUAAUUGCAAACACUAAGAAUGAAUAACAUGCAGAGAUAAAAUAUUAAGAGAGAGAAAAAAGUUGAGAUGGAAGCAAAAUGUUCAACGAGUGAUGAUGAAGACGACACAGAGUUGUUAUGGGUGAAAGCAGGUGAACCGGGUGAAAAACCAACUAUUAUUCGGCAAAUUCGUUCGGAGAGCUCGUCCAGCGGAUCAAGAGAUAAUUCCGGCGGCUCAGGAUGCAAUCGUAAAGCAUUACUUACUGUGGAAAACGGUACUGUGUAUAGAACUGGGACAAGUAAUGAAUCGUUGAAUAAAUUACAAACUCUUGCCAGAACUUCUAGCAAUGACUCUCGUGUUAUUGUGGUGAACGUUAGUGAACAAAUAUAUCCGAUUAAUAUUGACAAGCAACGCCUCCAACGGUGGAGAGACUUGCAUAGCCCACGAGGAACAAGAAAGGAGCUUAGUAGUAGCGUCAAAAAGUGCCAGAAUAAUAACAUUGAGACUAAUGACAAAAGCACGUCGAUUAGAUUAAUGAAACGACCCUUGAGUCAACCAUUAAGACCUCUGUCUAAUGUUUCGCCAAAAAUUGAAAGAUGUGCAAGCGCUGAGCAUUCUUCUAGUCCUUUCAACAGAGUUAAAGCCCUGAGAACAAGAGACGAAGGGUACACUUCUCUCAGCGAAGACUGUAAAGAUUCAGAUACUGAGUCUGUACGUUCUAGAUCUCUUCCUAGUUCCUGGAGGCCUUCGUACCUUAACAAAAGAGAAGAGCCUGACAUUCAAAAAUACGCUCAACGAUUGACGAGUAAUCAAAAUGUCGACGUAAACUUUACUUCUUGUGAGCAAGAAUGCUCGAAACACCGUUUGCUGAAUAAAAAAACAAAGAAAAAUAAAAGGAAUCAUAAAAUAAGACAUCAUGUCGAAAAUGCUAUAGAAUUAUGCACUUGUUUUGUUUGUUUGCGUUCUGCAGUUUACCACGCUGAAGACGAAGAUGACACAGACAGCUUAGUGGAUCAUCCCUGUUCUUGUGAGACACCAAACGGGAAAUGUUGCGCACGGUGGGCUGUGAUUAGUUUAUUGGUCUGUUUUUUACCCUUUUUGUUGUGCUAUCCACCAUUGAAGUCAUGCCUAUGCAUUCACGAUGCACGAAUAAGAAGGAAAAAAAAGAAAAAAGAAAAGAGAAUGGAAAAGAAAAGAAUUAAGAUGCAACAUCAACAAAAGUUAUAGCAGGAAUUAUUUAUUUUUUGUAUUUUUUUUUGUUUUCUUUUUAUAUUUUGUUAUUAUUAUUAUUUUUCUACUUGAGUUGAAGUUUUUACAAAACGUUUGCGAAACUUUCUGUUCGAAAAGUGCCCCUUUUUUGAGAAAAUCUAUUUGCUGGCUUAACAUUUUUCAAAUAAAUAAAAAUUUUAAAUUGUGAUAUUGGAAAUACAGUUAGCCAAGACAAAAAACUGACUAGGUUGAUAAAUCGAUUUUUAAAUGCAGUUGGAUUUAUUACAAUUCCUGUUUGGUACACACACACAAGCACAAAAAUAAUCUUUUCGGAUGUAAUAUAUUUUGAUCAUGUUUCCAAUAAGGAAAUGGCACGUAAUUUGUCAGCCACUUUUUGAACAAACAUGUACAGAAUAAAAAAUGCACAAACUUUAUAUAUGUCAUAUAUAUAUACUAAUUUUAUUUUUCUAGAGAUUAAAAAAAAAACCUUGUACAUACGAUAUCUGCAUAUUUAUAUUCGUGAAGAAAACUUAUCA